CACAUCUCAAACACGUCCAGGUUCAGCGCUCUGUUGGUCAAGGUAUCCAGCAAUGUCCAGCAUGGUGAACGAGGAAGUCGAGGCAGUGACUGCAGCGAAGGACAUGGCCAAGGCGGCCAGGAAAGCAGAAGAGGUGCUGCAAGCCCUGAAGAUGUGGGAGGGCUGGGGCAGAUACCACAGUGCUAUCGCCUUGGGACCUGAUCAGGAGAUUGUUCUUCCAGUGCAAGAGGAGCCCGACCCGGAUACCGUCGGUUUUGCAUAUCCUUUGCCACCUCUGGAGUUUAGCCUGCGAAACAGCCGAAAGUUUCCACCCCCGACUGAAGAGGCAGCCCUACGUGAGAUGUUCAAACUCUUGCACUACGUCUGCAAAGAGGGGCUAUGUACCAAAAACUAUGUCUUGAGCGUGAUUUACAACUGGAUCAACAGCAAUCGUCGAGACAGUCCCAUUUGGCAGCGCGGCUUUUUGACCGCCGGCGGAGCCGACAAGCUCAAAGAGUUCUGGGACGAAGAAGGUUCAGAUCAGGAGUUGGACGAGGAAUAUUCGGUGAGAUACUGGGUUCUGGCCAUCAUCGGCAGGAUGAUGGGCACAUCACAAGAGUCGCGUGCGCAUUUGGUGAAGGAGGGCUUGGUGAGUUUGAUUCUGGAGGGCACGAAAUCCGACCAGACGGAGAUCCGCGAGUGCGCGGUCUGUGCCUUGAAGGGCUUGAUUCAACAUCCAGAGGGCCGUGAAGUGGUGACCUACAAGACGCUGAUCGAAUGCUUAGCGCGCUAAGUUCAGCCAGAUGUUUUGCUGGGAAAGUCACAGGUCUUAAUGGGAG